GCUGCGUUGAGCUUCACCACUUCAUCUCUUCCAUCUUCUUCCAUCCAUUCAUUCUAGUCUCUCCCGCUUUUCCCCAACAUCGGUAUAGUGUCGCGGGAGUUUGGACCUGCAUUCCGUCUGCAGUCUGCGGAGACAAACCACCCGCAGCGAGACUAGACGUGAAAUACCUCGACCAUAGUAAUCACGUACCGUGUAUCCCCAGAAUGCCAUGCGUCGUGUUGUCGUGACUGGACUUGGAGCAGUGACACCUCUAGGAGUAGGUUUCCGUCGUACUUGGAAACGUCUCCUGGAUGGUCACUGUGGCAUCGUUAAUGUCAACCAUCGCGAUACCAGGUUUGCAGAUCUGCCAUGUCAGAUCGCAGCAGUUGUGCCGCAAGGUGCACGAAAGGAUGGAUGUUGGACGGCUUCGGAGUGGCUAAGUCGAGAUGAGGAGCGCAAGAUGGCUCGGUUCGCUCAGUAUGCCAUGGCUGCGUCAGAAGAGGCUCUUGAAGACUCGGGCUGGAAGCCUACAGAUUUUGAACAACGAGAGGCUACUGGAGUCUGCCUUGGAUCAGGAAUUGGCAACUUUGAUGAGAUUUAUGACACAGUUGUUGCAUAUGACAAGGGGGGCUACCGUAAAGUGUCACCUUUGUUCGUACCGAAGCUUCUGAUCAAUCUUGGGGCUGGACACAUCUCCAUGAGGUAUGGGUUCAUGGGUCCAAAUCACUCAGCAACAACGGCUUGUACAACUGGGGCUCAUUCUAUAGGCGAUGCUGCCCGCUUUAUCGCCUUCGGUGAUGCAGAUGUGAUGCUGGCCGGCGGAGCAGAGUCUUGCAUUCAUCCACUAGCUGUCGGAGGCUUUGCUCGGGCCCGCAGUUUGGCUACGAGCUUUAAUGAUUCACCUGAAAAAGCAUCAAGACCGUUUGACGCGGGUCGUGAAGGUUUUGUGGUCGGUGAAGGCGCGGCAAUGUUGGUCUUGGAGGAGCUCGAACACGCAAAAGCAAGAGGAGCUCGAAUUUAUGCCGAAUUGAGAGGCUACGGCUGUUCUGGUGAUGCACACCAUAUGACAGCACCUAAAGAGAACGGCGAAGGUGCAUUCCUAGCCAUGAGGAAAGCUCUGAAAAACGCCGGACUCCCCCCUUCUGCAGUCGACUACGUCAACGCUCAUGCCACUUCGACCGUGGUCGGAGAUGCAGCAGAAAACGCUGCCAUCAAGUCCUUGCUCCUGGGACCGGGAGGAAAGCAACGGGCGACGGAAGUUAACAUUAGUAGCACCAAGGGAGCCGUCGGCCAUUUGCUCGGUGGUGCGGGCGCCAUUGAAGCUUUGUUCUCGAUUCUCGCCGUUAACGAGAAUGUGAUGCCACCUACCAUCAAUCUGGAGCGGUUGGCUGAUGGGUUUGACUGCAACUAUGCCCUGAAACAGGCUCAGGAGCGCACCAUUGACGUGGCUUUAACAAACAGUUUUGGAUUUGGAGGAACGAACAGUAGUUUGUGCUUCUCGAAGCAUGCAGGGUAGGCGGAUUGUAUAUCAUAUGAUAUUGGCGGGUUUGCAUAUUGCAUUGCAUUGUAUCAAUAAACAUGUACCACAAGGCGGAUGUAACUGCCAGUCAUAUUGAAGUAACACGUUUGACUGGCCAACGUGGUCAG